CUCCCGAUUUGAGGUUAUCGGAGGAAGAUUCACCCACACAGGUCCAAGACACGUUCUCCAGCCGAGAUUCCCUGGCGACCAUUGAAGGGGGAAACCCAAGAGAAAAAAAGAAGAAAAAAGGGAAGAGAAGGAAAAAACCGCCCGGAAAUUCAACUCUUCUCUGCACUUGUAAAGGAAGAGAAUCACAACCACCGCCAUGUCUAUUGCGAAGGACCCGCCCACUGGGGCUCUCAGUGUUGGGCCUGCGGGCGACCCCGUCGAAGCCGAAACUGCCCAGCUCCUCGACAGCAGUGACCAAGACCGCAGCGCUGAGGCACCAAAAAACGCCUGGGCGGGAGCGAAAGACUUUGAGGGUCUCCGAUGGUGGCAGAUGCCUUCUGUUAAAUGGAUCUUGGGCCCGUUCUUUCUGUUCAGUCUCGCGUUUGGCGGCGUCCUCGUGCCUAGACUCAAUCUGACCCUAGAUCUGAUAUGCCGGAAACACUUCGCCGACCAGAACCUUGUUAAUCCGGAUUUUAUAUAUGCGCCGAUUAUCCUGGGCGCGGACAACCCGCAAUGCUACAUACCCGAAAUCAAGAAGACCGUGUCCAUGUUUACCAUGGCCAUGAAUCUGAUGAUUGGCAUCAUGUCCGCCAUUACGGCCCCUAGGCUCGGGCAGCUGUCCGAUAGAUAUGGGAGGACCAAGUUCCUGGCGUUGGCUUCGUGUGGUGGCUGCGUUGCCGAGUUUAUCAUCAUCCUCUGCGCGAAGUACCCCGAUGCGAUACACUACAACUGGCUGCUCGUUGCCUCGUUCUUCGACGGCCUGACCGGCUCCUUUACCACCGGAAAUAUCCUCACUUACUCGUACACCAGUGACUGCACGCCGCCAUCGAAGCGCGCCGUUUCUAUCGGCUAUAUGCAGGCCUGUCUUUUCACCGGUUUGGCGUUUGGCCCCCUCCUGGCGAGCUACUUCGUCGCAUUUACCGGCAGCCUGCUGUCCAUCUUCUACGUCACCUUGGGCUGCCACAUCUUCUUCGUGCUGUUUGUGGGAUUCGUUGUGCCCGAGUCCCUGAUCAAAAAGCGCCAGCUGCGUGCUCGGGAGCGUCAUGCCCGGGAAGUGGCAGCCGCCUCGGCCAGUGGGUCCUGGCUCUCCUCCGUUCGCAGGGUGAACGUGCUGGCCCCUCUCAAAGCUCUCUACCCGACCGGUUCCGGAACGUCGAUGCCACUGCGGACGAAUCUAUUGGCGCUGGCAGUCAUCGAAAUGAUCCUUUUCGGCUCCGCUAUGAGCGCCGCUACGGUCAUUCUCCUGUAUUGCGAGUCGGAUUACACGUGGGGCUGGGGCACGGUCGAGAGUUCGCGCUUCAUCUCCAUUCUUUCUUUAGUCAGGGUCGUCGUCCUGCUCGCCCUCCUGCCGGCCAUCAACUACUUCUUUCGCACAAGGCCAGCGGCUCGUCGCGCGCGAAAGACCGGCAGCACCGGCAUUGUCGAGGCCAACGAGGGUGCGGAUGGACUGGAUUGUUGGUUGCUGCGGCUGGCCCUCCUGUCCGACAUCGUGGGCUCGCUUGGCUAUCUGUUCUCUCGGACAGCGACCCUCUUUGUCAUCUCCGGAAUGGUGACUGCGCUUGGUGGUCUUGGGAGUGCCACGAUCCAGGCAGCCGUGACGAAACAUGUUCCCCCUGACCGAGUCGGGCAAGUUCUGGGCGCAAUCGGCGUGCUACACUGCUUGUCGAGGAUAUUGGGACCCAUCGCCUUCAACAGCCUGUAUGCUGCUACUGUCGGAAAAUUCGAUCAGGCCAUUUUUGUGCUACUGGCCGCGUUGUUUGGUGUGGCAUUCCUUGCCAGCUUGAUGAUUAAGCCACAUGGUGAGUACAGGCACUUCUCAUGAUCGCGUCGGAGUCGGAUAGUCUGGAUGUGUAGUCCCACUAACGGG